GAAAAAAGGACUAAGCUUUGAAGAGAAGAGAGCUCGCAUGAUGGAGAUCUUUUUUGAAACAUGUCUUUUAUGUUUUGCACAGAAAGAUGUGUUCCAGCUGAAGGAUAUUGAGAAGAUUGCUCCAAAAGAAAAAGGGAUUACAUCCAUGUCAGUGAAGGAGAUUCUGCAAAGUUUAGUUGAUGAUGGCAUGGUGGACACUGAUAGAAUUGGAACUUCCAAUUAUUUUUGGGCUUUUCCAAGUAAGGCUCUUCAUGCCAGAAAGCGUAAACUGGAAGAACUGCAGGCUCAGUUUGCGGAAAGCACUCAGAAGAAGGAGACUUUACAGAAAAGCAUUGAGAAAUCAAAAAUUGGACGUGAAGAUACUGCAGAACGUGCAGCUUUAAUAGAGGAACUUGCAGCUCUUCGGCAGAAAAAAGAGCAGCUAAAGGCAGAAAUAGACAAAUACAGAGAAUGUGAUCCAGAUGUUGUUGAAGAAAUGCGCCAAACUAACAAAGUAGCCAAGGAGGCAGCCAAUAGGUGGACCGAUAACAUCUUUUCAAUAAAGUCCUGGGCCAAGCGUAAAUUUGGAUUUGAAGAGAGCAGAAUUGACAAAAGCUUUGGAAUCCCAGAAGAUUUUGACUACAUUGAUUAAUGUUCAGCAGUUGAUUGCUGACACAGUUGUAAAUGUUAAGUAUUGCUCAUUUGGCAUUUACAGGUAUAUCUGAAUCCUCUCCAAACAAACUAUCCCCUUUUAAUUUUCAGAUUUUCUUAAAGUUAAUAAAAUUCUAAAAAU